UGUAAUCUUUAUUUCCUGACAAGCUCCGAGCUGUUUGUGCGUGAUGAUGUUCAGGUGAUAAGCUCUUAACAAGGAUUUUGGCGAGUACAAAGCAUUCUAUGUUGUUUACUUUCCACCGGUGGUCACAUGCCCCGUCAUAUGUGGGUAAAUAUAGAUCGAGGGGAAUACCCUCAUUAUAAUGAGCCAUCUUUGCCUUGCUUCGCCUACCGUUCAACAAUAUUGCGAGCACUAUCAAUGAUCGCUGUCUUUCCGGCUCGUAUUGUGAUUUUGAUUCCAUGAGACGCAAGCAAUCAUGCUGAAGACGUUCGCUUAGGGGUGCACAACGAUCAGCAGGCGAAGUCAUGGAAAGCAACAGCUACAGAACGUUUCUUCUUCAAAUAUCAGAUCAUAUCACUGAGGGAAAAUUGAGACAGCUGAAAUACCUCUGUUCGGAUGACAUCCCAGAGGGAGAUUUAGAAAUGAUCCGUUCUCCCUUGGACCUCUUUAGACAACUAGAAAGGCGUGAGAUGAUAGGAAUCGACAACUUAUCAUUUUUACAACAACUGUUAUCGGACGUAACGUGCGUUCAGUUGGCGAAAAAAGUUGGCGACUUCAUCUCAAGAAGAGAGGUUGAAUUGCUAUGCUUGAAGAUACAACGAGGUGAACUGCGAAAAAUCGAAGGAGUGCCGAUGGCUGGAGAUAGACAGAAUCACGUUCUUAACCAUAGUCUUAAAGAGGCAGCUGUAGUUAUAACAAGUUGCAAUGUUACAGAUGGAAAACAUGAUGAAAAGAUUACUGAGGUGCACCCUGGGAGAUGUUCUUGUUUUAUACAUCAAUCUCCUAAUCAGAGAAAACAAGGAGAAAUUUACCUUCGAAUUGCCCUUGAGCUGGCCACUAAAGGUGCUUGGGUUGCAGGAACUGCCUUUAUACUGAAGAGGUACAUCAACGAACCAGAAACUCUUGUUCGCUUGUUCACAUCUGUUGUCCUGCCAUCAGGGAUUCUUGUAAAGUACCUCUGCGAAGGAUCAGUUAUUUGUGUUCUAGAAACAAAUGAUAUGCAGGGUCUAAAAGAGCUGUGGCAGAAAUAUGAGAGUGGUAAGCUUCAAGAGGCUUUGGAGGAAAUCUUGAUCACAGAGGAGCUCAGAGAGUUAUCAGCAGGCCAGGAAAUAAUAUUAACUGUGGAACUGGAUGAGAAUAUGUACCGUGAUGUUUGUUUGGAGCUGAUGAUGACAAAAAGGAAAGUAGACCAACUUUUGGAAGGUGUUAAGCAGCGACCUCGCAGUUUAUCAGAUCCUGUAAUCAAGCAAUUAGAAAAACCUGAAAACACCUUCCAACAGCAAAGCCUCCACAUUGUUGCUGAUACAGAGAGAAGGAAACGUCUUGAAGCUGAAAAAAAAUUGAAAAAACUUAUAGCAGGUCAAUCUUUGGAGCUUCGCUUUCCUGAACUACAAUUAUAUGCAGACAAAAGUUUCCAAGACAAAACAGCUCAUGAUGGUGCUGAUGAAAGUGAUGAUAAUUCAUCCACAACCAGUACUUUGGAUGAAGAGGAAGUGCUUGAUUGGGAAGAUAAACAUGAUUUGGCAAAAGAGUUCUGGAUAUCAAUCAAGGGCAGUCUGAAAGAAAAGAAAUGGUCAGAUUUUUUGGAUGCAGUCAGGAAAGCAUCUCCCGAUGAUCUUGAACGUGGAGGGACUGCACUGAUUAAAUUCCUGGCAUAUGUCCUGCAUGUGAACUAUGCAAAAGGGAAAUUAGAAAUUGUCAACCUUCAAAACUACAUCAGGCUGACUGGGUGGUUUGGACCAUUCACGAAAGGGCCACAAGGCUGCCUACAGAAGAUGACUCAUCUAAUGGAAAACUCAGCUUCUGUUGAUUCCGAUGGAAAAGUAGUAAGCUGGUUUGCUGGAUACAUGAAAGAACAGCAGGCCAAAGAGUGGUUGCGAAAUGAGAAGGGUGGUGCGUUCUUGAUCAGAUUCAAUACUCCAACUGGCUUUCUGUUGUCAAAGAAGUCUAGCGACAUGGACAGUGUAGUUGAAUUCGCCAUUGAGGCAAGUGUUAGCGUGUGUUUUAUCCAUUAUGAAAGUGAAUGUAUGAAAGAGUUAAGCCUGAAAAAAAUCCAGGGUACUGGAUAGCGGUGUAGUGCUCUACAAACCGAGUUAUCAACUUUAUUAAGCCAACUGUGAGCUGGUCGGACUUUGUGAGUUGGAGCUCGCAAUUUAGCUGAGCUUCAGCAAACAGAAUAGUCUUUAGGCUUUAUGAGGAUUGAUGAACAUGUCAUAUUUGCAUUCAAUGACAUAUUGACAGCGGCCGUUGGAACCCAAACUUGAUAAGGCGUUGGUCAAUUCAGGUCGAGUAAGUG